AAAAAUCCACCAAAAAUGCCAGUUCAGGAAAACUGUAAUUCUCGGGGGACAGUAGCUGGAGUUUUCCUAGAACAUUCAAAUGAAACCAUUACUAUAUACAAAGCCUAUAAGAAGCGCUUGCUGAAACCAGGAACAUGUUUGGCACUGUUAGAAGCCCAAGCUGCAACUGGAGGAAUCAUCGAUCCCAUCAAAAACAGACAGCUCUCUGUUGAAGACGCAGUCAAGGAAGGGAUUGUCGGACGUGAAAUGAAAGAAAAACUUCAUUUCGCAGAAAAGGCCAUCAAUGGUUACAUAGAUCCUUACACCAACCAACAAAUAUCACUGUAUCAGGCCAUGCAGAAGGAAGUCAUCCCAAAAGAAUAUGGCAUUCGAUUACUUAAAGCACAGAUCUCUGCUAAAGGGAUCUAUGAUCCCAUUGAAAAAUGCUACAUAACAGAGGAGCAAGCUUGUGAGAAGGGUCACUAUGAUAAAGAACUAUUCAGAGACCAAAUGGAUGUUCUAAAAGUAUUCUAUGACCCAAACUCUCAGGAAAACCUCACCUAUCCAUUACUGAUGGAGAAAUGCACUGUAGCCCCAGAAACUGGUUUACUGCUGUUCCCAGUCUACAUCACGUUCAAAGGCCUUCGCAGAGGUGUAACCUCUGUUGAGCUCCUGACAUCAAAAAUAAUUGACCAACAAACAUAUGACAAUCUGCAAAAGUGCAAGACAACCACCCAGGAUGUGAUGCUAAUGGAGAGAGUAAAAGAAUACCUAGAAGGUAAAGGCAGCAUUGGGGGAGUAGCUGUGCUCUCAUCUAAUAAGAAAAUGAGCAUCUAUCAGGCAAUGAGACAAGGAAUAAUCAUGCCUGGUUCUGCUUUGAUUCUGCUAGAAGCCCAGGCUGCAACUGGCUUCAUGAUUGAUCCAGUUGAAAACAAGACUUUCAAUGUAGAUGAUGCCAUUAAACAAAACCUUGUAGGACCAGAGUACCAUGCAAAAUUGCUUGCGGCAGAACGUGCAGUCACUGGUUACAAUAAUCCAUACACUGGUGAAACCAUUUCCCUUUUUCAAGCUCUAAAGAAGGAAUUGAUUGUGAAGGAGCAUGGGAUUCGUUUACUUGAGGCACAAAUUGCAACUGGUGGUAUUAUCGAUCCAAUAAACAGUCACAGAGUUCCUGUGGAUGUAGCAUACAAGCGUGGCUUCUUUGACAAGGAAAUGAAUGCCAUUCUUGAGGAUCCUGGAGACGACACUAAAGGAUUCUUUGACCCAAACACAAAGGAAAAUCUUACAUACCUGCAACUGCUGAGUCGUUGUGUCAUUGACCUCUCAACAGGACUCACAUUGCUGCCCAUUCAGGAUCAGUCAAGCAAUCUCAAUCACACGUUCAUUGGCUAUGACAUCAAAAAAAUCUUCAAGGAUGUCAUGGUAAAAGUUACAUGUGGGAAGUAUAUGGGAAUGACUGUAUCACUCUGGGAAUUACUCAUGAGUGAAUAUUUCACUGAAAAGCAAAGGCAAGAUAUUAUCAGUCAAUACAGAAUCAGAACACUUACAAUUGAUAUGAUAAUCACCAAAGUCCUGGAGAUAAUUGAACAAUCAGUGAAAACAGCCAAUGUAAUUUUUGAGGGCAUAAGAGAAAAGGUCAGUGCAACCCAACUUGUUGAGGCUGACAUUAUCACUCAGAAUGAUCUAGAAGAUCUCAAAAGAGGAAAAAUGACUGUAAAAGAUGUCACAGAGAAUGAAUCAGUGCAAACAUACCUACAAGGUAAACCAAGCAUUGCUGGUGUGCUGCUUCCUAAUUCCCAAGUCAUGUCAAUCUACCAGGCUAGACAAAAAAGAAUUCUAAGGCCAGGAACGUCACUCAUUCUGCUGGAAGCCCAGGCAGCAACAGGAUUCAUUAUUGAUCCAAUUGCUAAUCGAAAAUUCUCUGUUGAUGACGCUGUGAAGGCACAGGUGGUAGGGGUUGAUCUUCACGCAAAACUAUGCUCGGCAGAGAAGGCAGUGACAGGUUACCAUGAUCCUUACACCGGUAAUAAAAUCUCAUUGUUCCAGGCAAUGCAAAAAUAUUUAAUUGUAAAAGAUCAUGGCAUACGUCUGCUGGAGGCCCAGAUUGCCACAGGGGGCAUUAUCGAUCCUGUAAAUAGCCAUCGCAUUCCAGUUCAUAUAGCUUACAAACGGGGAUACUUCGAUACUGUAAUGAAUCAGAUUCUCGACGAUCCAACUGAUGACACAAAAGGAUUUUUUGACCCAAACACUCAUGAAAACCUUACUUAUUUGCAGCUUAUGUCCAGAUGUGUGACUGACCAAAGUACAGGUCUUUGCCUUUUGCCAAUCAAAGGGAAAGAAAACAUAAUCAUGAUUCCAGACAGCACCAAAGAGGCAUUCCAAACAACAUAUGUCUCUGUGAGAUAUGGUAGGUUCAGCAACAAGCGAGUAACACUCUGGGAGCUCAUUAACUCUGAUUAUUUGUCUGAGGACAAAAGGCAAGAGCUGAUCAAAUGCCACAAGUCAAAAACAAUCACAAUCGAAGAAAUAAUUACAAUAAUUUUAGAAAUCAUUGAAACUAAAGAAGUACAAAGAAAUGCAGAUCUCAGCAUCAACGGUCUGAGGGGAAAAGUCUCCAUUUUGGAGCUGCUGAAUAUGGGCAUCAUAGAUGAAAAAAUAUACAAAGACUUGCUUAAGGGGAAGCUAAUGAUCAAAGAUCUUCUUGAGAUGGACACUGUGAGGACCUUCCUCAGAGGAACAAGCUGUAUAGCUGGUAUAAUUGUGCAAAAGUCUAAUCAGAUAAUUAGCAUCCAUCAAGCCAAAAAAGAGGGUCUUGUUACCCCUGGCACUGCCCUGUGUCUUCUUGAAGCACAGGCUGCCACUGGGUUUAUUGUUGAUCCACUACAGAACAAGAAAUUCACUGUUGAGGAGGCCUUGAAGCAUAAAGUCAUAGCUCCUGAGUUGUAUGAAAAACUCCUGGCUGCUGAGAAAGCAGUGACUGGUUACAAAGACCCAUACACUGGCAAGACAAUAUCACUUUUUGAAGCCAUGAAGAAGGAUCUCAUUCUUAAGCAACAUGGCAUACGUCUACUUGAAGCCCAGAUUGCUACAGGUGGCAUCAUUGAUCCCUUAACAUGUCUACAUUUGCCACUUGAAGUUGCUUUCAGGAAGGGCUAUAUUGAUGCUGACUUAAACCAGAAACUUGCUGAUACCAGUGAUGACACCAAAGGAUUUUUUGAUUCCACUACUCAAAAAAAUCUGACCUACAUGGAGAUGAUGGCAAAAUGCAUCAAGGAUCAUGACACCGGUCUUUUCCUUCUUCCACUGGGUGAAAAAGGGAAAACACAAGCAAAAGCACCAAAAAUUCUCUCAGAUGCUGAGAUUAAGGAAGAGUUUUUGGAAAACACUGUUGUCAUUCCUGUUGGGUGUUUCUCUGGAAAAUCACUAUCUCUUUGGGAGGUAAUUCACUCUGUGUUCUUCACUGAAGAACAGAGGCAGCAGUGCUUUGAACAAUACUCUUUGGGCAAAAUAAAUAUAAAGGAUGUUGCCACAAUGGUUACCAGAACAAUCCAAAAACUGGAACAGAAAGAAGCAAUUGAUCAAACAACAAUGGGCUUGAGAAAAUCUGUUUCUUUGCGAAAGCUGCAUGAUUCUGGAAUUAUUGAAGCCAAAACUUACAAGGAUUUGCAAGAUGGUAAAGCUACCACUGAAAGUGUGGUGAAACUUGAAUCUGUACAAAGGUACUUGAAAGGCACUGGAAGUAUUGCAGGAGUAAAGCUUUAUCCAUCAGAAAAAGUGGUAAAUUUAUACACUGCAAAAACUGAAGGCUUGCUCAGUUCUGAUGCAGUGCUGAUGUUGCUUGAGGCUCAAGCAGCAACUGGAUAUAUUAUUGAUCCAAUCAGAAAAGAACAUCUCUCUGUAAUGGAGGCUGCCAGAGCUCAACUUAUUGGACCAGAGAUAUUAGAUCACUUACUCUUGGCUGAACGUGCCGUUACUGGUUUCACAGACCCAUACACAGAUGCGCAAAUAUCCUUAUUUGAAGCAAUGAAAAAAGGUAUCAUCCCUCGAAACCAUGGAUUGCAUCUUUUAGAUGCACAGCUCGCAACAGGAGGGAUAAUUGAUCCGAUUGGAAGCUACCGGAUACCUAUUCAGAGGGCAAUAAUGCAAGGAUACAUGGAUAGGGAGACCAGUGAGCUUCUGGCAAAUCCCAGUGGUAGAGAAAAAGGGUUUUCAGACCCAAACACAAAAGAACAGCUUACUUACUAUCAACUCAAGCAGAAAUGUGUGAGAGAUUCAACCACUGGACUACUACUUCUCCCAGUAGAUGAAAAAAGUGUUGAAAGCUCAAUCUACAAUGACAAACAUAUAGUAAAUGUCUUCAAAGAGAAAUCAGUGAUCAUCAAUGCUGCAAAGUUUGAAGGUAAACGUGUACCACUUUGGGAUGCACUACACUCAGAGUACAUAUCUGCAGAGAAAAGGAAAGAGUUUCUUGACCUGUACAAACUGAAAAAACUGUCCAUCGAAGAGAUAAAAGAAGUGGUUACAGCGAUAAUAAUUGAGAUAACAACAAAAAAACAUUCAUUUAAAGGUCUGAGAAAACAAGUGUCGGCAAGUGAACUCUUUGAAGCAAAAAUUAUUUCUAAAGACAUGUUUAGUAAGCUUAUCAAUGAAGAAGUACAAGACGAUGAUAUUAACAAAAUGGAAUCCAUACAAAAGUACCUUGGGGCAACAAACUGUAUUGCUGGUGUUCAUAUCCAGUCUACCAAACAGAACAUGAGCAUCAAUGAAGCUAAAAAUAGGGGACUUCUGUCUCCUGGAACAUCUUUGGUUUUACUGGAGGCACAGGCUGCCACUGGCUUUAUGAUCGACCCAGUUAGGAAUAAAAAGCUGUCAGUAGAACAGGCGGUGGCCGAAGGGAUUGUUGGGACGGAAUGGAAAAGCAAACUGCUCUCUGCAGAGCGGGCAGUAACUGGUUACACUGACCCCCACACAGGGAAAACAAUCUCUUUGUUCCAGGCCUUGAAAAAAGAUCUUAUUGUCAAAGACCAUGGCAUUCGUCUUCUAGAAGCUCAGAUAGCUACAGGAGGCAUUAUUGAUCCUGUACACAGUCAUCGUGUUCCUGUGGAAGUGGCGUACCAAAGAGGGUACUUUGAUGAGGAAAUGAACAAAAUCCUUUCUGAUCCAGAUGAUGACACAAAGGGCUUCUUUGAUCCCAACACACAGGAAAACCUCACAUACUUACAGCUUGUGGAGCGGUGUGUUAGAGAUCCAAACACUGGCCUCAGCCUCCUUGUCAUUGUCAAGAAAGGCGAGUACUACUUCUUCAUUGAUGAACAAACAAAGCAUAUCCUGAAGUCUACAACCACAAACAAAGCAGGAGGAAAGUUCCAGGGGCAGUUGGUGUCUCUCUGGGAUCUGCUGUACUCUGAUUACAUCAUUGAGGACAAGAGAAGAGAUCUGGUGCAGCAGUUCAAAUCAGGCUCAAUAACUAUUGAACAAUUCUUGGAAACUGUUCUAACAUUAGUAUUGCAGAAAUCAGGAACAAGUACCUCUACCAUUAAAACAUCAACUACAAUAACAACAGAGACAACCCAAAAUACCAGUUUCCAAGGUAUCAGAAAGGAUGUGAGUGCCGACGAGAUGCUGAAUUCCAAAAUCAUUGAUGAGAAAACGUACAAAGACCUAACUUCUGGAAUAGUCACAGUCGAUUAUGUUAGUGAAAUGGAUUCUGUGCGAAAAUACCUACAAGGAACAAAUAGCAUUGCUGGUGUGUUUGUCCAGUCUACCAAAAAGACCAUGAGCAUCUUUGAAGCCAAAAAUAAGGGACUUCUGACUCCUGGAACAUCUCUGGUUUUGCUAGAGGCACAGGCUGCCACUGGCUUUAUGAUCGACCCAGUGAAGAACAAAAAACUGUCAGUAGAACAGGCGGUGGCUGAAGGGAUUGUUGGGACGGAAUGGAAAAGCAAACUGCUCUCUGCAGAGCGGGCAGUCACUGGUUACACUGACCCCCACACAGGGAAAACAAUCUCUUUGUUCCAGGCCUUGAAAAAAGAUCUUAUUGUCAAAGACCAUGGCAUUCGUCUUCUAGAAGCUCAGAUAGCUACAGGAGGCAUUAUUGAUCCUGUACACAGUCAUCGUGUUCCUGUGGAAGUGGCGUACCAAAGAGGGUACUUUGAUGAGGAAAUGAACAAAAUCCUUUCUGAUCCAGAUGAUGACACAAAGGGCUUCUUUGAUCCCAACACACAGGAAAACCUCACAUACUUACAGCUUGUGGAGCGGUGUGUUAGAGAUCCAAACACUGGCCUCAGCCUCCUUGUCAUUGUCAAGAAAGGCGAGUACUACUUCUUCAUUGAUGAACAAACAAAGCAUAUCCUGAAGUCUACAACCACAAACAAAGCAGGAGGAAAAUUCCAGGGGCAGCUGGUUUCUCUCUGGGAUCUGCUGUACUCUGAUUACAUCAUUGAGGACAAGAGAAGAGAUCUGGUGCAGCAGUUCAAAUCAGGCUCAAUAACUAUUGAACAAUUCUUGGAAACUGUUCUAACGUUAGUAUUGCAGAAAUCAGGAACAAGUACCUCUACCAUUAAAACAUCAACUACAAUAACAACAGAGACAACCCAAAAUACCAGUUUCCAAGGUAUCAGAAAGGAUGUGAGUGCCGACGAGAUGCUGAAUUCCAAAAUCAUUGAUGAGAAAACGUACAAAGACCUAACUUCUGGAAUAGUCACAGUCAAUUAUGUUAGUGAAAUGGAUUCUGUGCGAAAAUACCUACAAGGAACAAAUAGCAUUGCUGGUGUGUUUGUCCAGUCUACCAAAAAGACCAUGAGCAUCUUUGAAGCCAAAAAUAAGGGACUUCUGACUCCUGGAACAUCUCUGGUUUUGCUAGAGGCACAAGCUGCCACUGGCUUUAUGAUCGACCCAGUGAAGAACAAAAAACUGUCAGUAGAACAGGCGGUGGCCGAAGGGAUUGUUGGGACGGAAUGGAAAAGCAAACUGCUCUCUGCAGAGCGGGCAGUCACUGGUUACACUGACCCCCACACAGGAAAAACAAUCUCUUUGUUCCAGGCCUUGAAAAAAGAUCUUAUUGUCAAAGACCAUGGCAUUCGUCUUCUAGAAGCUCAGAUAGCUACAGGAGGCAUUAUUGAUCCUGUACACAGUCAUCGUGUUCCUGUGGAAGUGGCGUACCAAAGAGGGUACUUUGAUGAGGAAAUGAACAAAAUCCUUUCUGAUCCAGAUGAUGACACAAAGGGCUUCUUUGAUCCCAACACACAGGAAAACCUCACAUACUUACAGCUUGUGGAGCGGUGUGUUAGAGAUCCAAACACUGGCCUCAGCCUCCUUGUCAUUGUCAAGAAAGGCGAGUACUACUUCUUCAUUGAUGAACAAACAAAGCAUAUCCUGAAGUCUACAACCACAAACAAAGCAGGAGGAAAAUUCCAGGGGCAGCUGGUUUCUCUCUGGGAUCUGCUGUACUCUGAUUACAUCAUUGAGGACAAGAGAAGAGAUCUGGUGCAGCAGUUCAAAUCAGGCUCAAUAACUAUUGAACAAUUCUUGGAAACUGUUCUAACGUUAGUAUUGCAGAAAUCAGGAACAAGUACCUCUACCAUUAAAACAUCAACUACAAUAACAACUGAGACAACCCAAAAUACCAGUUUCCAAGGCAUCAGAAAAGAUGUGAGUGCUGACGAGAUGCUGAAUUCCAAAAUCAUUGAUGAGAAAACGUACAAAGACCUAACUUCUGGAAUAGUCACAGUCGAUUAUGUUAGUGAAAUGAAUUCUGUGCGAAAAUACCUACAAGGAACAAAUAGCAUUGCUGGUGUGUUUGUCCAGUCUACCAAAAAGACCAUGAGCAUCUUUGAAGCCAAAAAUAAGGGACUUCUGACUCCUGGAACAUCUCUGGUUUUGCUAGAGGCACAGGCUGCCACUGGCUUUAUGAUCGACCCAGUGAAGAACAAAAAACUGUCAGUAGAACAGGCGGUGGCUGCAGGGAUUGUUGGGACGGAAUGGAAAAGCAAACUGCUCUCUGCAGAGCGGGCAGUCACUGGUUACACUGACCCCCACACAGGGAAAACAAUCUCUUUGUUCCAGGCCUUGAAAAAAGAUCUUAUUGUCAAAGACCAUGGCAUUCGUCUUCUAGAAGCUCAGAUAGCUACAGGAGGCAUUAUUGAUCCUGUACACAGUCAUCGUGUUCCUGUGGAAGUGGCGUACCAAAGAGGGUACUUUGAUGAGGAAAUGAACAAAAUCCUUUCUGAUCCAGAUGAUGACACAAAGGGCUUCUUUGAUCCCAACACACAGGAAAACCUCACAUACUUACAGCUUGUGGAGCGGUGUGUUAGAGAUCCAAACACUGGCCUCAGCCUCCUUGUCAUUGUCAAGAAAGGCGAGUACUACUUCUUCAUUGAUGAACAAACAAAGCAUAUCCUGAAGUCUACAACCACAAACAAAGCAGGAGGAAAAUUCCAGGGGCAGCUGGUUUCUCUCUGGGAUCUGCUGUACUCUGAUUACAUCAUUGAGGACAAGAGAAGAGAUCUGGUGCAGCAGUUCAAAUCAGGCUCAAUAACUAUUGAACAAUUCUUGGAAACUGUUCUAACGUUAGUAUUGCAGAAAUCAGGAACAAGUACCUCUACCAUUAAAACAUCAACUACAAUAACAACUGAGACAACCCAAAAUACCAGUUUCCAAGGUAUCAGAAAAGAUGUGAGUGCCGACGAGAUGCUGAAUUCCAAAAUCAUUGAUGAGAAAACGUACAAAGACCUAACUUCUGGAAUAGUCACAGUCAAUUAUGUUAGUGAAAUGGAUUCUGUGCGAAAAUACCUACAAGGAACAAAUAGCAUUGCUGGUGUGUUUGUCCAGUCUACCAAAAAGACCAUGAGCAUCUUUGAAGCCAAAAAUAAGGGACUUCUGACUCCUGGAACAUCUCUGGUUUUGCUAGAGGCACAGGCUGCCACUGGCUUUAUGAUCGACCCAGUGAAGAACAAAAAACUGUCAGUAGAACAGGCGGUGGCUGCAGGGAUUGUUGGGACGGAAUGGAAAAGCAAACUGCUCUCUGCAGAGCGGGCAGUCACUGGUUACACUGACCCCCACACAGGAAAAACAAUCUCUUUGUUCCAGGCCUUGAAAAAAGAUCUUAUUGUCAAAGACCAUGGCAUUCGUCUUCUAGAAGCUCAGAUAGCUACAGGAGGCAUUAUUGAUCCUGUACACAGUCAUCGUGUUCCUGUGGAAGUGGCGUACCAAAGAGGGUACUUUGAUGAGGAAAUGAACAAAAUCCUUUCUGAUCCAGAUGAUGACACAAAGGGCUUCUUUGAUCCCAACACACAGGAAAACCUCACAUACUUACAGCUUGUGGAGCGGUGUGUUAGAGAUCCAAACACUGGCCUCAGCCUCCUUGUCAUUGUCAAGAAAGGCGAGUACUACUUCUUCAUUGAUGAACAAACAAAGCAUGUCCUGAAGUCUACAACCACAAACAAAGCAGGAGGAAAAUUCCAGGGGCAGCUGGUUUCUCUCUGGGAUCUGCUGUACUCUGAUUACAUCAUUGAGGACAAGAGAAGAGAUCUGGUGCAGCAGUUCAAAUCAGGCUCAAUAACUAUUGAACAAUUCUUGGAAACUGUUCUAACGUUAGUAUUGCAGAAAUCAGGAACAAGUACCUCUACCAUUAAAACAUCAACUACAAUAACAACUGAGACAACCCAAAAUACCAGUUUCCAAGGCAUCAGAAAAGAUGUGAGUGCUGACGAGAUGCUGAAUUCCAAAAUCAUUGAUGAGAAAACGUACAAAGACCUAACUUCUGGAAUAGUCACAGUCGAUUAUGUUAGUGAAAUGAAUUCUGUGCGAAAAUACCUACAAGGAACAAAUAGCAUUGCUGGUGUGUUUGUCCAGUCUACCAAAAAGACCAUGAGCAUCUUUGAAGCCAAAAAUAAGGGACUUCUGACUCCUGGAACAUCUCUGGUUUUGCUAGAGGCACAGGCUGCCACUGGCUUUAUGAUCGACCCAGUGAAGAACAAAAAACUGUCAGUAGAACAGGCGGUGGCCGAAGGGAUUGUUGGGACGGAAUGGAAAAGCAAACUGCUCUCUGCAGAGCGGGCAGUCACUGGUUACACUGACCCCCACACAGGAAAAACAAUCUCUUUGUUCCAGGCCUUGAAAAAAGAUCUUAUUGUCAAAGACCAUGGCAUUCGUCUUCUAGAAGCUCAGAUAGCUACAGGAGGCAUUAUUGAUCCUGUACACAGUCAUCGUGUUCCUGUGGAAGUGGCGUACCAAAGAGGGUACUUUGAUGAGGAAAUGAACAAAAUCCUUUCUGAUCCAGAUGAUGACACAAAGGGCUUCUUUGAUCCCAACACACAGGAAAACCUCUCCUACUUACAGCUUGUGGAGCGGUGUUUUAGAGAUCCAAACACUGGCCUCAGCCUCCUUGUCAUUGUCAAGAAAGGCGAGUACUACUUCUUCAUUGAUGAACAAACAAAGCAUAUCCUGAAGUCUACAACAACAAACAAAGCAGGAGGAAAAUUCCAAGGGCAGUUGGUUUCUCUCUGGGAUCUGCUGUACUCUGACUACAUCACUGAGGACAAGAGAAGAGAUCUGGUGCAGCAGUUCAAAUCAGGCACAAUAGCUAUUGCAAAAUUCUUGGAAACUGUUCUAACAUUAGUUUUGCAGAAAUCAGGAACAAGUAUCUCUACCAUUAAAACAUCAACUACAAUAACAACUGAGACACGAUGAUCCUGUACACAGUCAUCAUGUUCCUGUGGAAGUAGCAUACCAAAGAGGGUACUUUGAUGAGGAAAUGAACAAGAUCCUUUCUGAUGCAGAUGAUGACACCAAGGGCUUCUUUGACCCCAACACAAAGGCAAACCUAACUUAUUUAAAGCUGGUUGAGCGGUGUAUUAGAGACCCAAGUACAGGGCUUUAUAUACUUGUCUUAAAAAAGUAGGUUUAAGAUUGUAUGCAACAUGCCAUGCAGAGUAACUCUGUACAUCACAUUAUUCACCUUGCUUAAUGACUACAUCAUACUAUAUAUUUUUUGCUUUGUUCUCAAUGUAAUGCUAUUAUCGCUAAAUAAUCUGUUUCUAAUUAUGUUUAUAACAUCUGUAAAUGUAUCAGCUUAGACACAAAAAACAAAUUUCUAGUUGUACACAUUUAAAGUGAUAUUGUGUUGUGCUAUGCACGUUGCAUUCAACAAUUUAGUGUGUCCUUUUAAACAAACAAUAUUGCUAAAAUUUUCAUCUGUUUUAUCUCAUGCUGUCCUCAUAUAUUUUCAAUAAAUUUCAAAUAAGCACA